AUGUCUCAGGUACAACGACUGCACAAGGAAUCUGGAGGGGCUGAGUUUGACAAAGCUGUCGAAGAGGUUAGGAACCUCAAGGCCAAACCAGCUGAUGAUGAGAUGUUGUUCAUCUACAGCCGCUAUAAACAAGCAACCGUGGGUGAUGUAAACACAGAACGGCCUGGGAUGUUGGACUUCAAAGGAAAGGCCAAGUGGGAUGCCUGGAAUGACGUGAAAGGAACCUCCAAGGAAGAUGCCAUGAAAGCUUACAUAGACAAAGUAGAAGAGCUAAAGAAGAAAUAUGGCAUAUAA